GAGCGCCGAGAGCCGAGCCGAGCGGAGCCCAGGAGCCGAGCGGAGCCCGAACCUGAGCAGCCGCAGCCGCGCCAGCAUCGCCUCGCCUCGCCCGACCGCAGAGAUGCCCGUGACCGAGAAGGACCUGGCCGAGGACGCGCCGUGGAAGAAGAUCCAGCAGAACACGUUCACGCGCUGGUGCAACGAGCACCUCAAAUGCGUGAACAAGCGCAUCGGCAACCUGCAGACGGACCUGAGCGACGGGCUGCGGCUGAUCGCGCUGCUCGAGGUGCUCAGCCAGAAGCGCAUGUACCGCAAGUACCACCAGCGGCCUACCUUCCGCCAGAUGCAGCUGGAGAACGUGUCCGUGGCGCUCGAGUUCCUGGAGCUGGAGAGCAUCAAGCUCGUGUCCAUAGAUAGUAAAGCUAUUGUUGAUGGAAACUUGAAGCUCAUUCUGGGCCUGGUAUGGACCCUCAUUCUUCACUACUCAAUUUCUAUGCCUGUUUGGGAAGAUGAAGGAGAUGAUGAUGCUAAGAAACAGACUCCGAAGCAGAGGCUGCUGGGCUGGAUUCAAAACAAAAUCCCUUAUUUGCCCAUCACCAACUUUAACCAGAAUUGGCAAGAUGGCAAAGCCUUGGGGGCCCUCGUGGAUAGCUGCGCCCCAGGUCUCUGUCCUGACUGGGAAUCUUGGGAUCCCUCAAAGCCGGUGGACAAUGCCCGGGAAGCCAUGCAGCAGGCCGAUGACUGGUUGGGGGUUCCACAGGUCAUCACUCCUGAAGAAAUCAUUCACCCCAAUGUGGAUGAACACUCCGUCAUGACUUACCUGUCUCAGUUUCCCAAAGCCAAACUCAAGCCGGGAGCCCCUCUCAAACCCAAACUCAACCCGAAGAAGGCCCGGGCCUAUGGCCGAGGAAUCGAGCCCACUGGAAACAUGGUGAAGCAGCCGGCCAAAUUCACGGUGGACACCAUCAGUGCUGGACAAGGGGACGUGAUGGUUUUUGUGGAAGAUCCUGAGGGGAACAAAGAGGAGGCGCAGGUGACCCCAGACAGUGACAAGAACAAGACUUACUCUGUUGAGUAUCUGCCCAAGGUCACUGGACUUCACAAGGUUACAGUUCUCUUUGCUGGUCAGCACAUCUCCAAGAGUCCGUUUGAGGUCAAUGUUGACAAGGCCCAGGGCGAUGCCAGCAAAGUGACAGCCAAAGGACCAGGCUUGGAAGCCACUGGCAAUAUUGCUAAUAAGGCAACUUUCUUUGACAUCUACACAGCAGGAGCUGGUGUGGGAGACAUCGAAGUGGAGGUGGAAGAUCCCCAAGGGAAGAAAACGGUAGAAAUGGUCAUGGAAGACAAAGGGAAUCAGGUCUACCGCUGUGCCUACAAACCCAUUCAGGCUGGUCCCCACGUGGUCAAGGUCUCGUUUGCUGGGGAAUCUAUUCCCAAAAGCCCCUUUACCGUGAAUGUCGGCGAAGCCUGCAACCCGAAUGCCUGCCGGGCCAGCGGUCGGGGCCUGCAGCCCAAGGGCGUGAGGAUCCGCGAGACGGCCGACUUCAAGGUGGACACGAAGUCUGCAGGAAGCGGGGAGCUCAGUGUGACUGUGCGGGGGCCCAAGGGGCUGGAGGAGCUCGUCAAACAGAAGGGCUUCGCGAACGGCGUCUAUGCCUUUGAGUACUACCCGGGAACUCCUGGGAAGUACGUGGUGGCCAUCACGUGGGGCGGACACAACAUUCCAAAGAGUCCCUUUGAAGUCCAGGUGGGCCCCGAGGCAGGUGUGCAGAAAGUAAGAGCGUGGGGGCCCGGUCUCCAUGGAGGCAUUGCCGGGAGGUCAGCAGACUUUGUGGUGGAGUCCAUUGGCUCGGAAGUUGGAUCAUUGGGAUUUGCCAUUGAAGGCCCCUCCCAGGCCAAGAUCGAAUACGACGACCAGAACGACGGGUCCUGCGACGUGAAGUACUGGCCCAAGGAGCCCGGGGAGUACGCCGUGCACAUCAUGUGCGACGAUGAGGAUAUCAAGGACAGUCCCUAUAUGGCCUACAUCCAGCCCGCCUCAGGGGACUUCAACCCAGACCUGGUUCAAGCCUACGGCCCAGGAUUAGAGAAGACUGGAUGUAUCGUCAACAACUUGGCCGAAUUCACCGUCGACCCCAAGGAUGCUGGGAAGGCGCCCUUGAAGAUCUAUGCUCAGGAUGGAGAAGGCAGUCCCAUUGAGAUUCAGAUGAAGGGCAAGAUGGACGGGACCUACGCCUGUUUUUACACCCCUCUGAAGCCCAUAAAGCACACCAUUUCCGUCGUCUGGGGAGGAGUGAAUAUCCCCAAAAGCCCCUACAGGGUUGGCGUUGGUCAAGGGAGCCACCCUCAGAAGGUCAAGGUGUUUGGCCCUGGAGUGGAGAGAAGCGGCCUCAAAGCCAACGAGCCCACUCACUUCACCGUGGACUGCACCGAGGCGGGGGAAGGCGACGUCAGCGUCGGUAUUAAAUGUGACGCCGGGGUUCUGGGCGCGGACGAAGAAGACGUGGACUUCGACAUCAUUCACAACGCCAACGACACCUUCACCGUGAAAUACGCGCCGCCCGCCCCCGGCAGAUACACCAUCAAAGUUCUCUUUGCCUCCAAGGAAAUCCCGGCCAGUCCUUUCCGAGUCAAAGUUGACCCCUCCCACGAUGCCAGCAAAGUCAGAGCCGAGGGCCCCGGGCUCAGUAAGGCAGGUGUGGAAAAUGGCAAGCCAACUCACUUUACCGUUUUCACCAAGGGGGCGGGGAAGGCCCCGCUUGAUGUGCAGUUCAGCGGCCCCCAGGCCGGGGAUGCCGUCCGCGAUCUGGACAUCAUCGACAACUAUGACUAUUCCCACACUGUGAAGUACACCCCGGUCCAACAGGGCAGCACCCAAGUCCUGGUGACCUACGGCGGAGAUCCGAUCCCCAGAAGCCCCUUUGUGGUCGAGGUCGCUGCUCCUUUGGAUCUGAGCAAGAUAAAGCUCAAUGGGCUGGAGAAUAGAGUGGAGGUCGGAAAAGACCAGGAGUUCGUGGUGGACACCAAAGGCGCUGGGGGGCAGGGCAAGCUGGACGUGACCAUUUUAAGCCCCGCGCGGCAGGUGGUCCCGUGCCUCGUGGCCUCCGUGCCAGGCAAGGACUGCAGCACCGCCAAGUACAUCCCCAAGGAGGAGGGCUUGUACGCGGUGGACGUGAGCUACGAUGGGAACCCCAUUCCAGGCAGCCCCUUCACUGUGGAAGCCUCGCUGCCCCCGGACCCCACAAAGGUGAAAGCCCACGGCCCGGGCCUGGAGGCCGGCUUUGUGGGAAAGCCCGCCGAGUUCACCAUAGACACCAAAGGGGCCGGCACCGGGGGCCUGGGCCUGACGGUCGAAGGUCCCUGUGAAGCCAAAAUCGAGUGCUCCGACAAUGGCGACGGCACCUGUUCGGUCUCUUACCUUCCGACCAAACCCGGCGAGUACUUUGUCAACAUCCUCUUUGAAGAGGUCCACAUUCCCGGGUCUCCCUUCAAAGCCGACAUCGAGAUGCCCUUCGAUGCCUCCAAAGUGGUGGCCAGCGGCCCCGGCCUCGAGCGCGGGAAAGUGGGGGAGGCCGGCGUCCUGACCGUGGACUGCUCGGAGGCCGGCCGCGGGGUCCUGGGCGUGGAGGCCGUGUCCGACGCCGGGGUCCGAGCGGACGUCCACGUCCAGAACAACAAGGACGGCACUUACGCCGUGACCUAUGUGCCCCUGGCCGCGGGCAUGUACACGCUGAGCCUGAAUUACGGCGGCGAGCAAGUGCCAGGAUUCCCUGCCCGGGUCAAGGUGGAGCCCGCCGUAGACACGAGCAAGAUCAAGGUCUAUGGCCCCGGCAUCGAAGGGAAAGACGUGUUCCGGGAAGCCACCACCAGCUUCACCGUGGACUCCCGCCCGCUGACCCAGGUCGGGGGCGAGCAUGUCAAAGCCAGCAUCGCCAACCCCUCCGGGGCCUUCACGGACUAUCUCCUCAAGGACAACGCCGACGGCACCUACGAGGUGGAGUUCACCCCGUUCGAGAAAGGUUUCCACACAGUGGAAGUGACAUACGACGAUGUGCCUGUGCCCAACAGCCCCUUCCAAGUGGCCGUCACCGAGGGCUGCCAUCCGUCGCGAGUGCAAGCCCAAGGCCCUGGGCUGAAAGAAGGCUUUACCCACAAACCCAAUCCCUUCACUGUGGUUACCAGAGGGGCAGGAAUCGGGGGCCUCGGGAUCACGGUGGAGGGACCCUCCGAGUCGAAGAUCAGUUGCAAGGAUAACAAAGAUGGCAGCUGUAGCGCGGAGUACAUCCCUUUCGUGCCGGGAGAUUAUGAUGUCAAUAUUACGUACGGAAACGAGCAUGUGCCUGGCAGCCCAUUCAGGAUCCCUGUGAAAGAUGUCAUCGACGCCAGUAAGGUCAAGCUGGCAGGCCCUGGCCUGGGGGCAGGAGUCAGAGCUAAAGUCCCACAGUCCUUCACUGUGGACACCAGUCAGGCUGGUCUGGCUCCCCUGGAAGUCCUGGUCCUGGGCCCCAGAGCGGACGAGGUGGACUCCCAGGCCCGGCGCAGCCCAUUGAAGGCCUUGUCAGAUUUCUUUAGAGGUGACCAGCAGGGUGACUUUAAUGAGACAGGCCUGGUGGAGCCGGUGACUGUGACGGACAACGGAGACGGCACACACACCGUCACCUACACCCCCUCGCAGGAAGGCCCGUACAUGCUGUCUGUCAAGUACGCCGACGAGGACGUCCCCCACAGUCCCUUUAAGGUCAAGGUCCUCCCCACGUACGACGCCAGCAAAGUGACCGCAAGCGGCCCCGGGCUCAGCUCCUACGGGGUCCCGGCCAGCUUGCCCGUGGAGUUUGCGAUCGAUGCCAAAAAAGCAGGAAUCGGGCCCCUCGCUGUCCAGAUAACGGACCAAGAAGGAAAGCCCAAAAGGGCCGAUGUUCACGACAACAAAGACGGCACCUACGCCGUGACCUACCUCCCGGACAAGACGGGCCGCUAUCUGAUCGGGGUCACGUACGGCGGGGACAACAUCCCUUCUUCUCCUUACCGCAUCCGGGCCACGCAGACUGGAGACGCCAGCAAGUGCAUGGCCACAGGCCCCGGGAUCGCACCCACCGUCAAAACUGGGGAGGAAGUUGGCUUUGUGGUGGAUGCGAAGACUGCGGGGAAAGGCAAGGUGACCUGCACGGUCCUGACCCCGGACGGCGCGGAAGUGGAAGCCGAGGUCAUCGAGAACGAGGAUGGAACCUACGACAUCUUCUACACGGCAGCCAAGCCCGGGACCUACGUCAUCUACGUGCGCUUUGGAGGCGUGGAUAUUCCCAACAGCCCCUUCACCGUCAUGGCCACAGAGGAGGACGUUGCCGUAAUGAAGGAGGCGCCGGUAAAUGCAUGUCCCCCCGGCUACAGCCCUUGGGUGACGGAAGAAGCCUACGUUCCCGUCAGUGACAUGAAUGGCCUGGGAUUUAAGCCCUUUGACCUGGUCAUUCCCUUUGCUGUACGGAAGGGAGAAGUAACCGGGGAGGUGCACAUGCCCUCCGGGAAGACGGCCGCCCCCGAGAUCGUCGACAACAAGGACGGCACCGUCACGGUGCGCUACGCGCCCACCGAGGUCGGCCUGCACGAGAUGCACAUCAAGUACAUGGGGAACCACAUCCCCGAGAGCCCGCUCCAGUUCUACGUGAACUACCCCAACAGCGGCAGCGUGUCAGCGUACGGGCCCGGCCUGGUGUACGGCGUCGCCAACAAGACGGCCACCUUCACCAUCGUCACAGAGGAUGCAGGAGAGGGGGGCCUGGACCUGGCCAUCGAGGGGCCUUCCAAGGCUGAAAUCAGCUGCAUCGACAACAAGGACGGCACCUGCACAGUGACCUACCUGCCCACGCUCCCCGGGGACUACAGCAUCCUGGUGAAGUACAACGACAAGCACAUACCCGGCAGCCCCUUCACCGCCAAGAUCACAGAUAACAACAGGAGAUGUUCCCAAGUGAAGCUGGGCUCGGCUGCCGACUUCCUGCUGGACAUCAGCGAGACCGACCUGAGCACGCUGACCGCCAGCAUCAAAGCUCCGUCCGGGCGCGACGAGCCUUGCCUCUUGAAGAGGCUCCCCAACAACCACAUUGGCAUUUCUUUCAUCCCCCGGGAAGUCGGGGAACACCUGGUCAGCAUUAAGAAAAAUGGCAGCCACGUGGCCAACAGCCCGGUCUCCAUCAUGGUGGUUCAGUCCGAGAUCGGGGACGCCCGGAGGGCCAAGGUCUCGGGCCGGGGCUUGAGUGAAGGGCGCACCUUUGAAAUGUCCGACUUCAUUGUUGACACGAGGGAUGCAGGUUACGGCGGCAUAUCCCUGGCGGUGGAAGGCCCCAGCAAGGUGGACAUCCAGACGGAAGACCUUGAAGAUGGCACCUGCAAAGUGUCCUACUUCCCCACGGUGCCGGGGGUGUACAUCGUGUCCACCAAGUUUGCAGACGAACACGUCCCAGGGAGUCCCUUCACUGUGAAAAUCAGCGGAGAAGGCAGGGUCAAGGAAAGCAUCACGCGCCCAAGUCGGGCGCCGUCAGUGGCGACCGUUGGGAGCAUCUGCGACCUCAACCUGAAAAUCCCCGAAAUAGACAGCGCAGACAUGUCUGCCCACGUCACCAGCCCCUCCGGCCGCACGACGGAGGCCGAGAUCGUGCCCGUGGGCAAGAGCUCCCACUGUGUCCGGUUCGUGCCCCAGGAGAUGGGCGUGCACACAGUGAGCGUCAAGUACCGAGGGCAGCACGUGACGGGAAGCCCCUUCCAGUUCACGGUUGGGCCCCUCGGGGAAGGGGGUGCCCAGAAAGUCCGCGCCGGGGGCCCCGGCCUCGAGAGAGGAGAAGCGGGAGUGCCAGCCGAAUUUAGCAUUUGGACCAGAGAAGCGGGGGCCGGGGGUCUCUCGAUUGCCGUCGAAGGACCGAGUAAGGCAGAGAUUGCCUUCGACGACCACAAAAACGGGUCGUGCGGCGUGUCUUACAUCGCUCAAGAACCCGGUAACUACGAGGUGUCGAUCAAGUUCAACGACGAGCACAUCCCAGAGAGCCCCUACUUGGUGCCCAUCAUCGCCCCUUCCGAUGACGCCCGCAGACUCACUGUUAUGAGCCUUCAGGAAUCUGGAUUAAAAGUUAACCAGCCAGCGUCCUUUGCGAUAAGGUUGAAUGGGGCCAAAGGCAAGAUCGAUGCAAAAGUCCACAGCCCCUCGGGUGCCGUCGAGGAGUGCCACGUGUCCGAGCUGGAGCCAGAUAAGUACGCCGUGCGCUUCAUUCCCCACGAGAACGGCAUUCACACGAUCGACGUCAAGUUCAAUGGCAGCCACGUGGUGGGAAGCCCUUUUAAAGUCCGAGUCGGGGAUCCAGGACAAGCGGGAAACCCAGCUCUCGUCUCUGCUUAUGGAGCUGGCCUGGAAGGGGGGACCACAGGCGUCCAAUCGGAGUUUUUCAUCAAUACCACCAGAGCCGGCCCCGGGACAUUGUCUGUUACAAUUGAGGGACCGUCCAAGGUCAAAAUGGACUGCCAGGAGACUCCAGAAGGUUACAAAGUCAUGUACACACCGAUGGCUCCUGGGAAUUAUCUGAUCGGUGUGAAGUACGGCGGACCCAACCACAUCGUCGGCAGCCCUUUCAAGGCCAAGGUGACAGGUCAACGCCUCGUCAGCCCGGGCUCUGCCAACGAGACGUCCUCCAUCCUGGUUGAGUCGGUGACCAGAUCCUCCACAGAAACCUGCUACAGCGCUGUGCCCAAAGCUUCUUCGGAUGCCAGCAAAGUGACUUCUAAGGGAGCGGGGCUCGUGAAAGCUUUUGUGGGCCAGAAGAGCAGCUUCCUGGUCGACUGCAGCAAGGCGGGUUCUAAUAUGUUACUGAUUGGUGUCCAUGGCCCCACCACGCCUUGUGAAGAAGUGUCCAUGAAACACGUAGGAAACCAGCAGUAUAAUGUGACUUAUGUUGUCAAGGAGAAGGGGGAUUAUGUUUUGGCUGUCAAGUGGGGUGAGGAGCACAUUCCGGGAAGUCCCUUCCAUAUCACAGUACCUUAAAGCAGGUCCUAAUGAAAUACCUUAUUUGUAAUGUUGAUUUUUAUACAGAGUUUAUGGGCCUUUCGUGGAAACGAAACGUAGUCUCUAAAUAAGCAGCUCCUACUUAAGUACGUCCAGAAGUAAAUGCUAAACUUUUUAUUCCUUUAAGAGACUUCUCAAACUCUCAAAGCUUAGAAAUUUCAAAUGUUAUUAAUGUACAUCUCUGUGCACUCAAUUCCAAUGAUACCUCUCAGUCCUGCCCUUCACAAACAACCUUUGAAGAUCACGUGUGUGAAGGGGCCCGCACACUGAUCUCACUGCCGUCAUUCAAGGAAACGGACAUGAACCCAAACUGGAAUUUCUUUUUUUUAAAAAAGUGAGAUUGGGGACCCUGAAACUACUGGUUUUCUCUUGGACUGUUAUAGAUCACGUUUCCCAAGGGGAAGGUGUUUUUGUUUUUUCUAAUGAAAAGGAAAUGGGGUUGAAAACUUGGUACACAUAUGAGAUUAAUCCAUUUUGGUGCCUUAUGGGAUGAAAAGGGCCACUAAGCUAUUUACCCCUGUUUUAACACUAACACUUUCUAGCCGGUUCCCCGAGGCUUUUUUCUUCUGUUCUUUGACAAGUCUGUUAAGUUAUUAGCAGACCAGAUAGGCCCCUUUUGGCUUUCCCGUGUCUUUGCUACUUCCUCCUGGAGUCCCAACUGUUGUUUACCUUUAGGUUCCAUUGAUCAGUGAAAAGAUACUACAGGCUCCAGCAGCAGCCCCUUUGCCAAAGGUUACUCUAUCCCAACCCAAGAGCCUUUUUUUUUUUUUUUUUUUUUUUUGCACAUAUUCGGCUUGUAUUGUGGUGAUCAUUACUUAACUUUUGUCAAACUCAUGAAAACCAAAUUGUAGCUGAGUGUAAAGAGGUCAGACUCAGACCCUGAGGCUUGUUACUACAGAGAGUAAACAGGAACCUUUUCUUUUCUUUUUUUUUGGGGGGGGGGGGGAGUGUCAUUUUUGUUGUGGUUCUUAGUAACAGGUGAUAAGGAAUUGAACUUUCUGUGAAGAACUCAACAGUCCAGUGUUAAAGGAGGGACAAUGACUUCAUCAUGCUGCUGGUCAAAAACUGGCUAUGGAUUUCUUGGUCCAGGUUGAUCCGCCUUCCCCGGGACCACUUUUGCAAUAUUCCAUCCCAUUCCUGUGAAAAACUUGAGACCCAAAUCCCAGUUUCCUUUCCUGGUCCCCCAACCUUUAGGGGAUGAUUUGAUACCGAUUUUUUUUUAAACUUUGGCCGCCUGGUAAACUUGCUGAUGAGUUUCAACGUUUGGGGAAAAUGCCCUGUGGAAGAAAGUGCUCCUGUGGGACAGACCCUGCGGCCUGAUGCUCAUCCCUCCGGCUAGGGCUCUGUCAUCACCAGGAUUGGUUGGCUGGGAACAUGGCUCCAGGUGAAAGCCCAGGGUGCCCCAUUGCUUUGUGUACCGUGCCUUAAUGUGAAAUUCUCACAACUUUGUAAACUAGCACAUGGAAGAGGAACUGGCACCAAAAUGCAGGAUUGUAAAAUUAUAUCUUAUAACUUAUUAAAAUAAAAUCUUUGCUCCCUAAAA